AUGCCUCCUACAAAGCAGACUGCUCGUAAAUCCACUGGUGGUAAAGCAUCCAGGAAACAACUGACUACAAAAGCCGCUAGCAAGAGUGCGCCCUCUACUGGAGGGGUGAAGAAACCUCAUCGUUACAGGCCUGGUACUGUGGCACUCCGUGAAAUCAGACGCUAUCAGAAAUCCACUGAACUUCUGAUCCGCAAACUCCCCUUCCAGCGUCUGGUGCGAGAAAUUGCUCAGGACUUCAAAACAGAUCUGCGCUUCCAGAGUGCAGCUAUUGGUGCUUUGCAGGAGGCAAGUGAGGCCUAUCUGGUUGGCCUUUUUGAAGAUACCAACCUGUGUGCUAUCCAUGCCAAAUGUGUAACAAUUAUGCCAAAAGAUAUCCAGCUAGCACGCCGCAUACGCGGAGAACGUGCUUAAGAGUCCACUAUGAGGGGAAACAUUUCAUUCUCAAAAAAAAAUUUUUUCCUCUUCUUCCUGUUAUCAGUAGUUCUGAAUGUUAGAUAUUUUUUCC